UUCUCCGAAACCUAAAAUUUCGAUAGGACACUACAACCAGGAGGAUAGCGAACCUUUGAGGAAAGAUAAGGUAAAAAUGGUACUUGAAAAGGAUAAGGAACUAGAAGUGGAGGAAAGUGAGGGAGAGUCAUCUCCCCAAAAUGGCGACAUAGUCGACAAUCUGCUGUUGGGGGACGGAAACUUAUCGCGGCGAGAGGCUCGCCUCAUAAUUGGAGCGUUGGAUAAGAAAACAUGUUUCGCCAAAGUCCUCUGCGGUUUGGGGGGUAAAGAGCCGACCAAAAAUACAGAUCUAAUCAACGACUAUGCCUACCUUAUCGGAGAACUUGUGGUAAACUCUGAAGAAGACACGGGUAAAACAAAACCCUCAAUUUUCGGCGAUUUUUGGGACGAAUUUGGUGCCCUCAAGGAACAACAAGACCUCGAAUACGAUGACGACGACAUUGACAUAGAAUCUCACGAAGAUGAUCGGAGGAGAUCCGGCCUAACUUCCGGUGAUGGAGUAGUACAUAACAACUACGUUCACCUAGUCCCAUUCCAAUAUCGUCACGUUCCCCGUCCCCGCAUAUUUUUUCAUCGUCUCAGUCGACAAUUGAGUCAAGGGAGGCAGUGUCGCCAACUCAGAGAGAGGAACGCUUGUCCCUACAAUGAUACCCAGAUGGGACAAAUUGUCUCUAAAUUGAGACAAAUUAUUAGAGGGGAAGACAUUCUGGGGACACUUGCUCAGGUAAUGCACAUACAUACUAAAUAA